CACGAGAAGAAUCACGUGUGCUUGAAGCACUGACGCCUGCGCAUCGACAAACUGAAGGUAGGUCCACGUGGACCUGCUAUGAUAUUCCCAGUCAACAAGCAGGGCACGCGUCCUGCGACUCCUGCAUUGCAUUCGUCUGCAUUAUCACGCUGAUUACGAGAAGCAUUCCCCAUCUCUAACGUAUUUGCACAGCUUACGGGGCAACUUACGGUAAUAUUUCGUGUGCGACCAUUGCGGAUCACUUCCUUCCGUCUUUCGUUCCGAUCUUCCAUAGUCCCCUUUCGCUAUCAAUACGCUCGUUACGAAUAGUAAUUCCUAACUUUAGCAACCAUGAAGCGCGACGUGGCGGAAUCCCCCGUGUCGUCGUGGCAGUCGGAGCCGGACGACGAUGCCAUUCUCGACAGCAUCGACGACGUCAUGUGGGGCGAACUGCGAGGUCUGUCGCCGCCUUUGGAUGCCAUCCGAUCCGCCAGUCCUGCCCACAGUCCGGCAUUUCGUCUCCAGUCAGAAUACAACCCCAUCCACGGAGAAGACCAGGACCAGCAGCACCAGCUGUCGACCACUCUCCAGUUCGACAUGAACCCGUCGCAAUUCGACGCGAUCUGGGCGUCCCACGCAGCUCCAGCGAUGGCGAUGCCCAUAAUGGACACGCCCAUAUCACCGCCGCUGACCUGGACGAGCGUCAAGUCGGAGCAAAUGCAGUGUGACCCACCGAAUCCCAGUGCCAUGGAGAGACGAAGACAGAAGAACCGCGACUGUAUGCGUCGAGCAAGACAGCGACAGCGAGAUGAGCUGAACGAUAUGAAGGCCACAGUGGCCAGACUGGAGCAACAAUACGCACAACUGAGCUUACAGUCCACACAGAACACGCAGAACCAUGGAGCUCUAGUUACCAGAAUAGUUUCGGAUUAUUCCGAAGCGGUGGAGUUGUCCAGAAGGCUUGGAGCUGAGAAUUUAUAUCUCAAGGCUGAAAUUCAACAAAAAGCAGAGUGGAAGAUCAAUUUAUCUAGGAUUUUACAGUCUACAAUGGAAGUGGAUGGACCCAGAUGGGCGCAGCAGUUCCAGCAGCCGUCACUAGGAGGAGAAGCAGUGUUGAGGAUGAGACUGGAUGAACGGGAUCAGUUCGAAGCGAGGGAGGAGUUUGGCUUCCAUCCAUUGACCGAUUUGGGCUUAACUCAAGUGAUUUUGGAAAACAGACGCACCAUCUCGCGUGUCCAGAGUCGUCUGUUGGUUCCGUCGUCGUUUGAUACGGAUGAUGGCGCUAGAACGAGGAGGAUGCAGGUCUUUGGGUGGGAUAUGGUGCAACGAGUGCAUGGAAAUAUCAUGGAAUGCGUUUUUACCAAAACGUUUCGUGGUUUAAACGUGGCGCAACUCAUGCAAAAGACGUGGGCAAAUGACAUGCGACUGGGUGAAUUUAAAAAGGUAAAGGGCGAAACGAGUCGCUUAGAGGUGCUGCAACAAGUGAAUCCGAACGCCUAUGUGCUAGUUAGAGAUGUCAUGUCCCCCACGGAAGACAUCUCGACUUUUCGCUCAGUUUUCGUACGAUUUUUGAUUGAAACCAGCAAGAAAAUCCCACUAUCUAGAGCCUCAUCUACACCCACGUGUAUCGAUGCGAGUGCUCCGUCGACGCCGCCACAAUACGCAGAUUCGGAUUCUGAUUCGGAAGAGCUGAUGCUGGAUGCUUCAGGAUACGUACUUGGAACUCAGAGCAUUGACACGGAUUAUUCAAGAAAUCCACGUGAAGAAGAUAUCCGAAACAAAGUGGCGUGGGCGCAUUUGUCGCUAUCAAUCGAGUUUUUGAACGUUGUGAAUCCCGUCACGGGCGAAGAAUACCAGCAAUUGCGGUGGAGCGGACGAACAGAUUAUUGCGGACCGGAACACGCACAUCGCAACGCCAGUGAUAUGAUGCAGGGAAUGUUGCGCUGGGAAAGGUUGGUUAUCGCCCCAGUGUUGAAUUUAGUGUCGAUAGAGUGAACCUCAAUAUUUAUCCUUUUUUUUGGUUUACAAAGUCGUGGUUCGCC